AUGGGCAUACUCCCUCUAACAAUCACAAAGCAAAGUAAAUGGAGCAGGAGGCAUGCGAAUUUCGCUUCUUCAUGGGCUCACCAGCGAAAAGAAGACUCUAUAUCGAUUCAUUCAACUAGUGAUUACGGCGAGAAUUUGUUUCAGGGUAGUGGCAAGAACUGGAAACCAGGUGAUGCUGUUGCUGCUUGGGCAGCAGAGAAAGUUUGCUACGCCUACAACCACUAA